CAUUCUCUACAAUGCACGAAGCAGAUUGCCAUUUGUUUCGCGCAAGUUUUGAUGGAGUGACGUCUCGCAUGUCUCGUGCUUCUGCAAGAGUGCCUCUGAAAAACUCCUAAAGAUCAAGUAGUGAGCACACCAUUUUGUAGCACAAGCUUUGCUCCAUCCACAGACUUCAAUUUCAGACUUCAGUUAAAUUUGAUUUAACAGUCCACCACAAUGUCGAAGAGAAAGAAUAAAGCCCCAGUCCAGCUGAACCAAUCCAAACGCUCGCUGCUGACAUGGAAUAUGAAUGAGGGUAACCAGCUGGAAGCGUCUACCAGCUACAGUGCCAUUCAAACUCCAUUAGACAGAUCUGAGACGUUUGACACCACAUGUGGUCCAUCGUCCGCUGCCGUGCAAGGAAAUCUAAAAAAAUUGGGACAUGGAUUCUCAGAGUCGGAGAGUGUUGCUGAGCAAAUUGAUGCCAGUUCCAAGAUACAGGCUCCGCCCCACCACAUCACAAUAUCAGUGUACGAGACCAUCUGGGAGGAAGCCAACUACAGCAUAACCGUCCACGAACAGCGCCCUCAAGACAAUGUCGCCUGCCAGCUUGGCCUGAUCACGCUCGCCCUCUCGCCUCACGGACUGUCCAAGUCUUCGGAGCUGACGAGCCUGGAAUUGACGGCAGGGGAUCUGGACUGUAGAGAACGCGAUGUCGUAACCCACGACACUCUCCCUAAGCAAAUUCCUAGGGGGCGCUGUUCACUGUUUAUCAGCCCAACAAGGCCGCACCAUCUUGUGUUCGACUACGCACCGGAUAACGUGGAGAAUGCUCCAAAUGGCUUAUCGUCAAGAGUUUACUUGUGCCUUGAAGCGGCAAUCGUACACAAGCCACCAGAUAAUUUCUUGGACAGUUUGGAAAAACUCAUCCACCAUCAUAAGUCCAAGGUAAAACUGAUCCGUCAUGCCUACAAUGCUGUGACUGGCCAGUUAUCCCUGGCCAUCUGUCUCCUGCAGCCAGCGCUGACGGUGCCAAAGUUUGCCUCAGAGCCAGCCAGGCGGCAAGACUAUGCGCACCACAUGCAGAGCUUGAUGCACUGGUUACACGGGUACCAAGCACCAGCUCCGCGUGAGGCCGUGACGUCCAAGCGCCACGACUUCAACCAGCUCUUUGACGCCGUUCGCCGCCGCCACUCACAGAACGGCGACCACGCCAUCGUCACGACAAUCCAACUGCAGCAUCCUUGCCUGGUUCCCACCCUGAGGGAGUACCAGCGGCAGGCGGUCAGCUGGAUGCUGCGCAAGGAACGGUUUGGGGAGACGGAGGGGGAGGAGCCAGCUGAAGAUAGUGGGCGGUUGCACUGCAUGUGGUCAGAGCUGAAGCUUGCUGAACAGACUCUAUAUUACAACUGCCACAGCGGCCAGUUCACCAGGCAGCGAUUCAUUCAGCCGCUCCCUUUUCCCGGUGGCAUCCUUGCCGAUGAGAUGGGCUUGGGUAAGACGGUAGAGGUCCUGGCCUGCAUCCUCUCCCACCCUAGGUAUCCGGCCCAGCCCACCAUGAAUCAGACGGACAAAGCGAGCAAGGAAGCCGAGGGUGGUUCAGAUCCAACCAGUGGGAUCAUGGGUACAGGUGAUGAUAAUACUGAGUGCCCAAGAGAGAAAGUAACUGAGACAGGAAUUUCUGACAUAGGGUGUUUGCUGCCAGAGUCAGCUGCUCAGGAAGAAGCACAGGACGUUGUCUCUAAGGGCAAAGAGCUGGGGACUGAUACAAAAGUCAAAGCCACAAAUCCUGGUGUUGGUGAAGUUCCAGAACCGAUGGAUCAAACUGAAAGAGGAACCUCCGUGGAAGCGGAGGGUGCCAAAUUGGAAAUUCCUCAUUCAACUGAUGAGGAUAACAUAGGUGCUGAGGGGAAUAGGCAAAUAAGCGGUUCUGAGAUUGUAGAGCAAGAAACUGAUGCAAAAUCUGAUGCCAAGAUUCCACGUGUAAUUCCAGAACUGAUGGAACAGUCUGUUGAAGAACCUUCCCACAAAGCAAAGGGUACCAAAUUGGAAAUUCCUAAGCCAACUGAUUUUGGUAGAGAUGAUGUUCAACCUGACUUAUCGAAGAUCUCUCAAGAUAGCAGUGCUGUUGAGGUGAUGGGUGUCAGUCUGGGAACAGAUUCAGACAGAGCUGCGUCUGUAUUGAGCUUUGAAAUCACCAAGACUCAAAGUAGUACUUACCAAAUGCAAGCAUUUGCUACCAAAUCAGUGGAUACAAACACUCCCCAUUUACUAUCAGAUACCCAAACCGAGCCAAAGCCUGAACACACUGCCGACCUCAUCAAAGCAGAGCCUGUCAGUUUGUCCACAUCUUUAGAUGACAAUCCUUCUGGUAGCCAGCAGCUGAUUCCCCCAGAGAGGUGGUUUGAAUCAAAAAUUCCACAAACAGCAGAAAUUGAACUCCUAGCCCAGGAAACAAAACAACACUCUAAUGAAAAUGAGAGUGGAUCACAUAGUCCCCCUGUAGUGAAAGAAGAAGGUCGGGCAGUACUUGUCAGGGAUGCAGAAAGAACAGUCGAUCCUGAUAGUUCUGCUCCCAGUGAACCUUCUGGAACAUCACCCCCUUCGGAACUGCCAACCACAGAAGCAACUUCCGAACCAGAAACUAACACCCAACCUACUCAGGACACCAACAAACCUGCAAAGAAACCCAAAAAGAAGCAGGCCGCUAAACAACCCUUGCCCAACCCGUACCUGAGACCCAAAAGCAGGGAGCGACCCAAGUUCCGCUUCGAAUGCAUCUGCGGAGUGGUUGAGGAGGAGCUGGACCCGGAAUGGAGCAUCCAGUGCCAGAUAUGCGACGGAUGGCAGCACUGCCGAUGUGUGAAUUACAGCAAGCUGGCCCUAGUAGAUGACCGGUACCUCUGCCCUAUGUGUUGCAUUGAGCAGCCUACAGUACCAUCCGGAGCUACACUGAUUAUAUCCCCCUCCACCAUCUGCCAUCAGUGGAUUGAUGAGAUCAACAGGCACAUACAGACACAGACCCUGAACAUACUGGUGUAUCAAGGCGUGAAGAAGCAUGGUUUCCUACAGCCACAGAUGCUUGCUGAACACGACAUUGUCAUCACGACUUACGACACGCUGAGGACCGAACUCAACUAUGUGGAUCUACCCCACACAAAUAGUGACAAUGGACGACGGUUGCGACAUGCUAAACGUUACAUGGCCGUCCCAAGCCCCUUGCCUGCUGUGGAGUGGUGGCGGGUCUGCCUUGACGAAGCCCAAAUGGUGGAGUGCCCGACAGCGAAGGUUGCUGAGAUGGCGCUGCGUCUGACUGCUGUGAACCGGUGGUGCGUCACCGGUACUCCUAUUCAGAGAGACCUGGACAACCUGUAUGGGUUGUUCCUUUUCCUGGGCGUGGAGCCCUACUGGGUCAAAAGCUGGUGGGACAACAUCCUGUACAAACCAUAUCUCCAUGGCAACCAGGAACCAAUGGAGAAGGCUCUGGCUGAGGUGCUUUGGCGCAGUGCCAAGAAAGACGUCAUUCAUCAGAUCAACAUCCCGGCCCAGACAGAGCAGACCCACUGGCUCCAGUUCUCGCCCAUCGAGACGCACUUCUACAAACGCAAGCAGGAGCAUUGCUCCAAGGACCUCCUGCAGGCGGCCGCUCGACUCAAGAUAGACGUCAGCACCCGUCUCGGCUCCCUGGCUCGCGCUACUGUCCACAGGUUGAUGAACCCUUUGCUGAGGCUCCGUCAGGCCUGCUGUCACCCCCAGGCCGUCCGUGGUGAGUUCAUCAGCAUGCAACGCACCACACUGACCAUGGCCGAGCUGCUCACUUCCCUGACCCUCAAGGCCAAGACGGAGUCGGAGGAGGCCCAUCGGCAGCUGGUGUGUAGCCUGAACGGCUUGGGUGCGGUCUGCAUCAUCAAGGGCCAGACCCUUGAUGCGAUAGAGCACUACCGGGACAUUCUGCGGUCAGUGGAGGAGCACAAGGAUCGUCUGAAGACGGACUCCUUGCAGCGGCUGCACACCAUGCACAACCUGCAUCAGCUGCUUAAACUCAAACCAGAGGGUCUGGUUCCGACCCUCAGAGACGGGGAACUAGAGCAGCAGGUGCAAGAAAUCCGAGAUGCCUAUCUUGCCAAGGCAGAGGCAGCGCUACAGUCAAGCUUUGACAGUCUGCUUCCUCUUCAAGAAAAGAUCCAAGAACUCAAAGACGAGUUGCCUGUACAAAACCCAUGGUGGAUUGAAGGUCUGCAGUACUUGCGCUACGUCGGCGUCGAAGAAGAAUUUGUAGACAGAGUCAAAGACAUGCUGAUGUCCACCACACGCAUGGACAGCUUGAGCGUGGCCAAUCAUUUUUCAACACUCCACGGCCUGCAAAUGGUCCUAGUAACCAAACUCGACGAUCUCAACAAUGCCUACAAGCGUCUGCAGGCAGGCAUGGAUCAACUCAACGUGGACGUGACCCAGGAACUGGUUGCCGAGGCAACCGACUGCCACUUGCGACCAUUUGGCGGGAAGCCCAAAAACAGAUGUCCUUUUUGCAGGGUUCACACCCUGUUUACUGACUACGAGACCUGCUUGUUCUCUAUCAAACAAAGGGAUCUCCUCUCCGAGACGGACCCAGAUGAUGAAGCUGAGACUGCCGGCCCCAGGCUCCAGGGUUCCUGGGCGGCCAGCGAGACGGAGAGAAUCCUGAGGGCUCUCCUGGCAUCCCUGAGGCAGCAGGGAGGAGACGAGGAGAUGCUGGAGGAGGGCGGGGCACACCUGGAGAUGAUGGAGACGCAGAAGAAAGAGUUUAAGAGCCUACGGGUCACUUGGACGAUGCUGUGCGAGCGUGUAGCAGCCUGGGAUGAGUUAAAGAUGGCUACCAUGCGUCUGCGUCUCCGAGAAGCCCACGAACCGGAGGAAGUCUUAGCACAGGCCAACGUCAUUGAGCCUGGACAGUUGGAUCAUCAGAGACUCAAACUUCUCAACGACCGGGCCCUGGCGCAGUCGGAGCUAAAGAAGAAACUAGGUCAGCUGGUGUAUCUGAAGAGCUUAGAUCUGCCGGACGGCAACAACCCCGAACCUUGUCCUAUAUGCGUGAAGGAGCUAGGCAAACAGUGGAGUGUCCUGCCCUGCGGCCACUCUUUCUGCAACAGCUGUAUGGACAUGAUGCGCGUCCACCGCGGGGGCCAUCGCAAGAACCUGCGGUGCGCCAUCUGUCGGGCCGUGACCUCCCUCCAAGAGAUCUCCUUCGUCAGCACGGAGCAGAAUAAUCAGCAACCGGGAUCCACCAUUUCCGUCAAGGGAGGCUAUUCGACUAAGGUAGAAGCCGUGGUUCAAACCCUCCUACAGCUCAGAGAGCAAGACACAAACGUCAAGGCCAUCGUAUUCUCAACGUGGGUGGACGUUUUGACCGUCAUUGCCAAGGCUCUGAAAGACAACAAGGUGGAAUUUCGCAGCAUCGGAUCCCAUGGUGAACGCCAUUUUAAGGCAAACCUGCUGGAUUUCAAGCAGGAAGACGGAGUCACGGCCCUCCUGCUACCUGUCCACAGCGGUAGCAAGGGACUCAACAUCAUCGAGGCUACUCACGUAUUACUCGUUGAGCCCAUACUCAACCCGGCCAGUGAGUUGCAGGCGGUGGGGAGGGUGCAUCGGAUCGGUCAGACUAGACCGACAUUUGUUCACCGUUUCCUGGUCAGAGAUACCAUUGAAGAGAGACUACAUGCCUUCCUGCAGGCUAACCACACCAGUGACAGCUUGAACAACUUGGAAGGAGAGACUGGCGCCCUCACCCUGCAGAAUCUCAAGCAGCUAUUCACUGAAGACUCUAGGGAACCAGACGGGGCAGCCUCUGAUGAUAGCUGGGACUUAACAGAUGAUGAAUAUGUAUGAGUGAAGGCCAGAAAAUGAAUAUGCAUGAUGUGAAAACCAAAAGUAUGAACAAAUAAAGGGCACGACUUAACUAUUUAUAGUUACAAAAAAUAUAUUAUCAUGAAACAUGACCCAACAUUUUUUUGAGGAACUUUUAAAACGUCACCUCUAGUUAUUGGUUAACAAAUAAUUAAUAUGGUUCAAAAAUUAUGUGAUUUUACUUUACAAUGGUGUAAAGUUGUUUAAUCAUGGUUGAAUGAAAUUUCAUGUUAUUCUUCAGAUAUAAAUUCACCAUUUGCCCCAGUUGCUAAAGAUAUACAGUACUAUUUUUUCAAAAGGUCAGUAUUUAUGGAAUAUUGUUUAGAGUUUUUUAAUUUUGCUUUCAUUUACAUUUGUCACUAAUCUAUGUGUUCUAGUUCAUUUUAGGUAUUUUAUUUUCAUAUCUAUUUCAGUUACAAUAAUUCAAUCAUUUUACUACUUUUUCUUUUACAGUUUUGAUGAACGAACUCUUUUGGGAAUUGUUUUCCUAACAUUUUAGGCAUGUUGUUAUAAAGUUUUCCUUGUUUUCUGUCAUGAACAGCCUCAUUUCAAUUUCAUUUUCAUUUUGUUAUUACUAAUACCGAGAAUAUGAUUUAUUUAUUCACAAGAAUAGAAAAUGAGACAGUUUUUAUAUUCUGUUCAGCUACACCACGAAGUCUGGCCCAGUGUAGUGCUCUUUAAAGGCAUAUAGGAUCAUUUGCGUUUAUCCAAAAAGUAACCGACCAAAUUAUUAUCAAAAACUAUUUUUAAUGAAAAGCAUAAUUAAAGAUCGUACUGGUACUAAACACCCUGUGAAAU